ACUUCUGUAUAUAAACCGGACUGGACAUCAUUUCUCAAACAGGAAUCGUGACUAGAUGUUAUAAACAUUUAUGUUAAGAAAAACACGUGCAAUUUAUAUACUCUGAAAUAUAGUUAAAAUAUUUUGUCUGACUUUCGUUAUUCUGUGAUUUACAUUACUUUUUCAUUGUAUUUAUUUUUUAUUUAUUUUUUAUUACUAGUAUACAAGAACUUUAAACAGAAUGGACUAUUUUAAGUCUCUCAUUUUGUUUACGUUACUACAAACGGGCAUCGUAUCAGCUGUACAAAAAGAGAUCUGCGAACAGAAAGGGGAGUACAUCACGUGUCCUUUUGGAAAAGUCCUUGACAUCACAGCGGUGGAUUAUGGCCGUUCCAGGGCUGGUUUCUGUAAUCCUUACAACGUCCCAAACUUACCGUUAAAUUGUCACUCCACAUCUAUUAGUACCAAUACGGUAAUAAAGAUAUGUCAGCACAGAGGAUCUUGCUUUUUGGAAGCUGACAAUACUAUAUUAGGUGAAGAUCCGUGUCCCAAUUUCCCAAAGUAUCUGACGGUCGACUACAACUGUAUAGAUCCAACGACAACGACGAAACUAACAACCCCGACGACUACCCCUUCAACAACGUCAACCACUACAACCACCACAAGUACUACAAGCACCACAACCCCUACAACUACCAGCACCACCACCCCGACAACUACCAGCACCACCACCCCGACAACUACCAGCACCACCACCCCGACAACUACCAGUACAACAUCGACAACUACCAGAACCACUCCCACGACAACUCGACGGAAGACAACACCCACGACAACCCGACGGACAACACCAACCACCACCACCACUACUACACCGAUGCCGACGACUACAAAAUCUCCUGUGGUUCCAUUUGUGCCAUUUAAUGCCCCAAAAGGUUCCCAGGUAUGUCACGACUAUUUGAUCAGUGGGAAGAACCCCGUGCCGGACGGCCAUCUGUCGGCGUCUUCGGUGUACCAAACAGGUAGUUACCUUGACAACCAUGGGCCAAAUAGAGGCAGACUUUUCUCUGAUGCCGUUAUCCUUCCGAAUGGUACAUACAACCGCGGAGGAUGGUCCGCCGCAGUUGACAACCAACAGCAAUAUAUACAGGUUCAGCUGAAUGCCCCAAGUAUCGUGCGAGGUGUGGCCACACAGGGACGCCAUGUGAAUCCUAAUGAUCUAUGCUGUUACCAGUACGUGAAGAAAUAUAGAGUCAUGUACAGUUUGGACUGCGUGAACUUUGACACUGUAAAAGACAAGACCGGAAGUGAUAUGAUAUUUACCGGAAAUGCUGACCAAGACAGUGUUGUUACACACAUGUUACCAUGCCCGAUAAUGGCAAGAUGUAUCCGAAUCAAUCCUUUAGAAUGGAAAGACCAUAUUUCCAUGAGAUUUGAUCUACUUGGCUGUAGCGCCAACACCGCUGAUGUUGGAAAAUGUCCCAACGGUUGGGAGCAGCGACCCGGAAGUAACCAGUGUUACCUUAUCACUGAUGUAAAGGACAUGCGCACUAGAGACGCAGCGAGUGCCGAGUGCCAGAAACAGCAAGGACAUCUUGUUAAAAUUGAUUCAGUCGCUGAGAGGGACUGGUUGCGUCAGAAGGUAGCGUAUUUGCAGAAGACACAGGGCCAGUACCAUUUCUGGACAGGACUGAGUAACAGACCCCGGACCGAUAAUACCGGAUAUACGUGGGAAGACGGGACUCCUAUUGAUACAUAUAUAAUGCCCUGGAAAUCUGGUCAACCUGACAAUGGUGGAGGUGGUGAGCACUGUGGAGAACUGUGGAGUGGUGAAAUGAAUGAUAACGACUGUAAUCAACAUUAUCCUUACAUCUGUGAACAACCUAAAUUUUGGACACCGCCAAGAAAUGUUCCGAACCCAUUUAAUCAUAUAAUACCAACAGCUCUACCCACAACCUCAUCAACUACCACAAAGUCACCACCUACAGUAAAACCAUACGUCCGACCCCAGCUCCCAGGAAGUGUAACUAUUGGAGGAACAGUCUAUUCAACUGGUUGUCUCGGUGGGGUCUCAGACUGCAGUUUCAAAGCCGAAGGAGAUUACCAGUCCUGUCAAGGAUGUCAUUAUUAUAUGACAUGUGCCGCUUCUGGAGUUUAUACCAGACCUUGUCCCGCUAAUUUAGUUUGGGACGAUAACAUUAAAACAUGCCAGAUGCUGUCAUCGACAUGCGGACCUGUGAUUGGUUGAUUAAAUGCGGAUGUAACCAAUGGCAAUAAUUAAUAAUAACAAUUUUGAAUGUGUUCAUUGCGACGUUGAAGUCCUUUGCUCUAGAAACUAUUUAAUUGCUUUACACAGCUUUUAGUUUGAAUGAGUAGAAAAUGCGCUUCAUAUUUUGCUUUAUUUAUUACAUAUACGUCUUUUGUACCAAUGAUAUUAUUUCGCAUUUUUAAUUCCUUGAAAACUUUCAUGUUUCUUUCAGUUUUACCAAAAUGAAUAGAUAAUGUGUUGUUAGUGUACAUACUAUUCUUUAAAUGUUUUGUCUUAUUAAAAUUUAGAAAAUA